UCUGACGUCAGUGCGCUGGCUGGGGUAGAGAAGCAGAAGAAGAGUGUAGGAGCGGACGGACAGUGUCGCCAUGAACUUGAAGCGGAGCCGUGACCGGCUGUACAGCACUCGGUGCUGCGGCUGCUGCCAUGUGCGGACCGGCACCAUCAUCCUGGGGACCAAAUACAUGGUGGUGAACUUGCUGAUGGGUAUUCUCCUGACAGUGAAAGUGACUCAUCCUGACACCGUGCCAGCAGUUGACAUCCAGUAUGAAGUUAUCGGGAAUUAUUAUUCCUCAGAGCGGGUGGCCGAGAAUGCCUGCGUGCUGUUUGCCAUCUCCCUGUUAAUGUUCACCAUGAGUGCUAUGAUGGUGUAUGGAGCAAUAACGCAUCGUGGUGGGUGGCUGAUCCCCUUUUUCUGUUACCAGCUGUUUGACUUUGCCUUGACAUGCCUGCUUGCAAUCAGUUCCCUUACAUACCUGCCUGGCAUUAAAGAUUACCUGGAGCAGCUGCCUGAAUUCCCAUAUAAAGAUGACAUGCUUGCUAUGGAUUCCAGUUGUCUUCUCUUCAUCGUACUGGUUGUGGGAGCAUUGGUCAUCAUCCUGAAGGCCUAUCUGAUUAAUGUUGUGUGGAACUGCUACAAGUACAUCAACAAUAGAAACCUCCCUGAGAUUGCCGUAUAUCCUGCAUUCGAAACCCCUCCACAGUAUAUCCUGCCUACAUAUGAGAUGGCUAUAAAGAUGCCAGAGAAGGAGAAGGACCCUCCACCUCCAUACAUCCAGACCAGCGAAGCCUCCUAACCUCGUCUAAUGCGUCUUUUCAAACUGCUUCUCGAAGAACCCGAGUUUUCCCAUCGUCCUGCUCAACCCGCACAAUAACAUACCUUAAACCAAGCCCUUAUUUUUAUAUAACAAAAUGCUUCUAUUGCCUUACUCUUAAAAUAAGAAAGGUCGCCUAUUACUUAUGACAAUCUCUUAUUUGAUUAUAGUUUACAUGAGUAGUAGUUUUGGGGUGGGGGGGUUAUAAAACAAUUAGGGGUACUUCUUUUUAUUAUAUUUCAUUUUUGUGUUUUGUGAAUUUUGCUAUAUUGUCUUUUCAUGCCUUAACCCUAUCACUUCUGGACUGCCAUGCUACAUGUUGCUGGCAAUGCAUUGGUGUUCCACCCAGCAGUGAGGGCAUAAAUGAAGAAAAGCAGAAAUAUUUUCUUGAGUAAAAUUUAAAUAAAACAACAAAAAAAAAAGUUUUAGAAUGGAGUGUUUUUGGUUUACAGCAUGCUGUUGUGCUUGUGGAACUCAUCUCACUUGUCUGUGAUCUGAGAUAUUUUGAUUAAUAAAUCGGUCUCAAAAUCUU